AUGAGCUCCCUCCCUCACUCAAGGAGCCUCUCUAUCCAAGGAGCCUCUCCCUCCCUCCAAGUAGCUCCCCCCUCCAAGGAGCCUCUCCCUCCCUCCAAGAGAACCUCCCUCCCUCCAAGUAGCUCCCCCCUCCAAGGAGCCUCUCCCUCCCUCCAAGGAGAACCUCCCUCCCUCCAAGUAGCUCCCCCCUCCAAGUAG